ACCGGCCUAGCAGGCGGCUAGCAGAAGAUAGUGUUGUAGUUCAACUGUAGUUCUCUAAACAAGUAAACACACCUUUAUAAAUAUACUUUGUGUAGCUAAUAAAUUCGAUACAAAUAUCUAUUGUUGUGAAGAUCAGACUAAAACUAUAUUUUUGUUAGACAUAUAAAUUUGGCUGUUUACGGAUUUCUGUGAUUUUGUUAGCCAAAUAUGCCAGAUUUUUCUUACAGCUGGACAUAAAAACUAUGGCAGACGAGUGGUCAACUUUUGAAAAAUUCUGUGGAAACUCUCCUUUUUGGAAUGAAUCUCUCCUGCUAGACGACACAUACCCCCACUUUACGCCAUGUUUUAGGCAAGUUGCCCUGAUAUGGAUACCUUGCCUAGCGCUUAUUGCCGUCUCACCUUUCUACGUUGCCUACCUGCUCCAACAUAACAGAUGGUCAUCCUUGCCCCUCGGUGUCCUGCACAUAAUUAAAGUGUUGUCUUCCCUUGCCCUUCUUGGAAUCUCAGUCGCCAUCCUCAUCAUCCGAGGGGUGGAUGAGAAUCAGGAUGACGUCAUGGACGUGGAGUACGUGUCGGAAGGUCUGAAGGCCGGGUGUUUUCUUCUGUCGUUACGUCUUCUGUCGUUAUUUAUCCUGGCACUGGAGCGGAGGAAGGGCUUCAUGACGUCAUCAGUACUGUGGACCUACUGGACUGUGAUGCUUUUAGUUUCCAUCGUGCCUUUUUACAGUAAUAUCAUUGAGGAGCUUGAGACUACAGACAACGUCAGCUUCGUCCUGUUCUAUGUUUACUUCGGGUUCCUGGCCCUGCAGUUUGUCACGUCAUCGUUCGUGGAGAAACGCUCCGGAGUCUACCAGGAUCUCUCGAAGAACCCAAGUCCUGAGCUAACAGCAUCUUUUCCCAGUAUCAUCAGCUAUUGGUGGCUGAAUGGGCUGAUCAUCAGGGGCUACAGGAAGACGCUGACAGAAGACGACAUCUACGAUCUGGCACCACAAGACACCUGCGAUGCCGUCAUUCCACCGUUUGAGCAUGCGUGGGCGGCAGAGAGGGCCAGGGUAGACGCCUACAACAACAAAAUCAGACCAAAAGUGGAGGCCAUGUUAGGCAAGAUGGGGAAGGACCAGCACUACACGGAGAAGACCCCUUUGAUCACCAGUAAAGCUAAGGCCAACGGGACCCCGACGACCCCAGACCCCAAGGGUAAAGCUGAGAAGAAACCCAAGUCUCCCUUCAAAGAACCGUCACUGUUGCGUGUUUUGAUCAAAGUAUACGGGCCGAUACUGCUACUGGCACAGGUAGUGAAGACAGCCACAGACUUGAUGCCAUUUGCCACCCCAAAAAUUACAGAGGCCCUACUGUCGUAUGUGGCCAUGAAGGAUGUGGAGCGGGAAUGGAAGGGGUACGUCCUGGCCUGCUCCUACUUCGUCGUCCAGUUCCUGGUGUCUCUGGGCUCCAACCAGGCUCUCCUGGUGCUCAGGCGGCUAGGCAUGAGGGUCAAGGCCGCGCUCAUUUCAGCCAUAUACAAAAAGUCACUAACGAUCACCAACAUCAACGACGAGACGACAGCAGGUGAGAUCGUCAACCUGAUGUCUGUAGACUGUCAGAAGAUAGAGGACGUCUGCAACUACCUGUAUUUUAUCGUCUCCACACCUUUCCAGCUUGCCCUGUCCAUCUACAUGCUGUAUGACCAGCUGGGCGUGGCCGUGUUUGCUGGACUGGGGGUCAUGUGUCUGGCCGUGCCGGUCAACGCCUUCAUCGGGUAUUUCCUCAGGACCUACCAGCUGCAGCAGAUGAAGCUCAAGGACAAAAGGAUGAAACUUAUGACGGAGAUUUUAUCUGGCAUCAAGGUGCUAAAGCUGUACGCCUGGGAGGGAUCGUUUGAGAAAAAAGUUGAGGAGAUCAGGCGACAAGAGCUGACCAUCAUACGGAGGUUUGCUGUCGUCAUCGCCAUGCUCAUCUUUGUUUUCAAUACCAUGCCUUAUAUGGUCCAGCUGACGUCAUUCGGGGUGUACAUCGCCAUCUCAGACGAGGGUUACCUCAGCCCGUCCAAGGCCUUCGUGUCCCUGCAGCUCUUCAACAUGCUCAACGUGCCGCUCACCUUCUUGCCUAUGAUCAUACCUAUGCUGGUACAGGCAGGUGUCGCCAUCACACGUCUGGCACGUUACCUCAACACCGACGACAUCAAGCCUGAUGUUGUCACCAGGGAUCCCAGGUCAGAGUUCGCCGUGAAGAUAACAAAUGGGGAGUUUACUUGGGACAAGGAGCAGGAGACUCCGACACUGAGGAACAUCACCAUGGAGGUCAAGCCCGGCAGUCUGGUCGCCGUGGUGGGGACUGUGGGGUGUGGCAAGUCAUCUCUACUGACCGCCAUUUUGGGGGAGAUGGAGAAAUUAUCUGGCAACGUCACAGUCAAAGAUUCCAUCGCCUACGUGCCGCAGGAGGCGUGGAUCCAGAAUGCCACACUGAGGAACAACAUCCUGUUCGGUUCGGAAUACAACCGCAGACGAUACGACAAGGUCGUGGAUGCGUGCGCACUCAAGGCAGACCUUGACCUUCUGCCGGGAGGUGACAUGACGGAAAUAGGAGAAAAGGGCAUCAACAUCUCGGGAGGGCAGAAGCAGCGCGUGUCGCUAGCACGUGCUGUCUACAGCAACAACGCCAUCUACCUACUGGAUGACCCACUUAGCGCCGUGGACAGUCACGUGGGCAAGCACAUCUUCCAGGAGGUCAUCGGGCCAAAGGGUUUCCUCAGAGACAAGACCCGCAUCCUUGUGACGCACGGCAUCCAGUGGCUGCCGUUUGUCGACUCCAUCAUCGUGAUGACCAAUGGCGUCAUCAGCGAGCAGGGGACGUACGAGGAGCUGAUGUCACGUGACGGCGCCUUCGCCCAGUUCCUGAAAGAGUACAUCCAGCAGGACAAGAACACGGACACAGACACGGACACGGACUCGGAGAUUGAAGCCAUCAAACGAUCGGUCCUGCAGAGGGUGGAAUCAAUCACUGGUCACGUGAUCGACGGGGUCUCGUCAGCAGACGACAGAGAAAAAAGUUUGAGCGGCCUGUCCGGGUCGGCGCGUCACAAGCAGCGACCCAGACCCAAGCGUCAGUCGUCCAAGCUGGAGUCGAGAAGGAGGCGGGACAACUCCUUCAUGGAGUCAGCGACUCACCUCCUGGGGGACAUGGAGUCAUCCUUGACCUUGCACAAAUCUGGGGCGUCGUCCGCGGCCGCCAUAGCCGGGGAGCGGCUGAUCGAGGAUGAGACGGGGGCUGCCGGGAAGGUGAAGUUCGCCAUCUACCUCCACUACUUCCGCGCCAUCGGCCUGCCGUUGUUCCUUACCUCAAUACUCACCUACACCAUGUACUCAGCCGCCUCCGUCUUCUCAGGUAUCUGGCUGAGCAUGUGGACGGACGACGAUCUUCUGCUGAACACGUCACGGUCUGGUGAGCAGGAGUACGAGGACCGGGGGAACCUCUACCUGGGGGUGUACGCUGCCAGUGGCAUCGGUCAAGGUAUUUUAAUCCUGAUAUUUGCCCUCAUCUCUGCCUUCAAGAUGACGGACGCUGCUGGAAAACUCCAUCAGUUGAUGCUGGAGAACGUGAUGAGGUCACCCAUGUCUUUCUUCGACACGACCCCUGGCGGCAGGAUCGUCAACAGGUUCUCACGUGACGUGGAGGUCAUAGACAACUCCCUGCCCGCCACCAUGAAACAGAGUCUGAACUGUCUGGGACGUGUCCUGACCACCAUCGUCACCAUCUCCUACGGUACUCCCAUCUUCCUGAGUGUCAUGGUCCCUCUGGCCAUCAUCUACAUACUCAUACAGGUGACCUACAUCCCGACGUCGAGACAGCUGAGGAGGAUCGACUCCAUCACCCGCUCCCCCAUCUACACGCACUUCUCAGAGACCCUGUCUGGCGCGGCUUCGAUCCGGGGCUACGGGGUGCAGGAGCGCUUCGUACAGGAGUCAAAACACAGGGUGGACCACAACUUCAAGUUCUACUUCGCUGGCAUCGCCGCAAAUACAUGGCUGGGGUUCCGCCUCCAGUUCCUCGGGAACCUUGUGGUGCUAGCUGCAGCCAUAUUUGCUGUCGCCAGCACCGACAUAGACACGGGGAUUGUGGGACUGUCAGUGUCAUACGCCACACAGAUGACGAGUGCCUUCGAGUUUCUGGUGACCUUGAUGAGUGAGGUCGAGACAAAUAUUGUAUCAGUAGAGAGGGUCAAGGAGUACACCGAGACGACAAGGGAGGCCGACUGGGUCAAGCCAGACGCCCGACCCCCACAGGACUGGCCGCCCUCUGGGCAUCUGAAGUUUGAGCAGUACAUGACACGGUACAGGCCAGGACUUGAACUUGUGCUCAAGGACGUCACGUGCACCAUUAAAGGAGGCGAAAAAGUUGGAAUAGUGGGCAGAACAGGGGCGGGCAAGUCGUCCAUGACCGUGGCCUUGUUUAGGAUCAUCGAGGCCGCUGGAGGGAAGAUCAUAAUCGACGGCCUUGACAUUGCAAAGUUCGGCCUGCAUGACCUCAGGAGUAAGCUGACCAUACUGCCACAGGAACCAGUCAUCUUCUCUGGCACCCUGAGAAUGAACCUUGACCCCUUCAACACUCACACAGACGCGGAGCUGUGGACAGCUAUGGAACACGCCUACCUCAAGACCUUCGUGGAGGGGCUGCCCCAAGGGCUGGCCUACGAGUGUGGGGAGGGGGGCAGCAACCUCAGUGUUGGUCAGCGACAGUUGGUGUGUCUGGCGAGGACCCUGCUCCGUAAGACCAAGAUUCUCAUACUGGACGAGGCCACGGCCGCCGUCGACCUUGAGACGGACGAGCUCAUCCAGAAUACUAUAAGGUCAGAGUUCAAGGACAGCACGGUCCUCACGAUAGCGCACAGACUCAAUACGAUCCUGGAUUACGACAGGGUGAUGGUACUCGAUCAGGGUUCAAUCAAGGAGUUUAACUCUCCUAACGUUUUACUCGGUGACAAACAUACGGUGUUUUACAGCAUGGCUAAAGACGCCGGUCUUGUGUAGACAGACACAUUUAAGACACGGGACUGGUGUAGACAAGACAGAGUUAAGACACGGACUGGUGUAGACAUUACAGAGGUAAGACACGGGACUGAUGUAGACGCGACACAUUUAAGACACGGGACUGGUGUAGACAUUACAGAGGUAAGACACGGGACUGAUGUAGACACGACACAUUUAAGACGCAGGACUGGUGUUGACAUUACAGAGUUAAGACACGGGACUGGUCUAGACACGACAGUUUAAGACACGGGACUUGUGUAGACAUUACAGAUUUAAGACAUGAUCUAAGACAUUCUAAAGACAUGGGUCUUGUCUAGAUAUAACAACAUAAACAAUAAAGUCUUCUCUACUUACGACAUGCUAAAGACCUAAGUCUCGCCUUGGUUCGUGAAAGAUUUAAUGACUGGAAUUUUUACUUUGUAAUGCGUUUUUUUAAAACUCUACAAAUAGCAUGAUACGAUGACACAAUUAUGUGAGAAAUACAAGCUGAGUUCACCUGUACUUGUACAAAACAUUUUAUUAUUUAUUGUUGUGUGCAAGAUAGCCAUGUUUUAAAUUUCCAUUUUUUAACUGUACGCAUCGCUUAUAUUUUUGUAGCCUUUAAUAUUGUUAUUUCUUUGUAUUUUAU